CAUUGAGUUCUCGACCAUCGGCCAGUGAAGACCUGAAGCAGUCAAAAUGGUGUCCAGUAAAAUUGUGUAUAUUUUGGCUUUGGCCCUUUUCGGCAGCGCAGUAGCUCAGCCUACUAAAAAUGCCUUCUGGAAAGGAACUCCCAUGGAUGGCAUGGUCGAGGAAAUGAGAUCUGGAUGUGCUGAAGGUUCUGACCCUACCGCUUGCAUCAAGUACAAGGUCAUGUCUUUGCUGGACUCCAUUUUCAAAAAGGACACUUUCCAGAUCUCAGAAACCGUUGAAGUUACCACAAAUGGUGCCGGAAAUGAAGUAACAGGCCGUUCCCAGGGUGACUUCUUCGACAGCGUUGAGAACUUUAUCCAGUCGCACGAUGUCACCUUCCAGCUACCUCUUGUCGACUCCAAAAUCACUGUCAGCCCUAGAAACCUAGACAAUGAUGAAUUGAGCCUUAACAUCAAGUUCAACAAGGAUGGUGCCCGUUCUGUUGGCGAAGCCCGCAAGGCUAAGCUUAAGAAGAUAAUUGUUCCUAUCCUCGUGUUCGUACUUUUGAAGGCUAUGACUCUCAUUCCUCUGGCUAUCGGAGUCCUCGGUUUGAAAGCCUGGAACGCUCUUCAGCUGUCUUUCUUCUCAUUCGUCGUGUCCGUCGCUUUGGCAAUCUUUCAGCUUUGCAAGAAGUUUACCCAGAUCGCGGCUGACAACACACACCCGCAAAUCGCUGCCCACGGUCCUUGGGAUGCUGCCUAUGCUGCUACUCGUCGCCGAAGAGAUGCUGAACCUCAAGAUACCGCUCAAGAACUCGCUUACAACGCGUAUCAGUAAAUUUUAAACCGAUCGAAUAUAGAAACGACCACUGCCCGAUUUAAAAAAAAAGGAAAAACCUAACCUAUUCCACAUUGGCUGCCGAUUCAAAAUGAUGGAUUUGCACCAUGAAUGGAUUCAAACCAAAUAGAAAAUGUUUCAUUGAAACUACGCGUGUAAAUACUAUGUAAUGCAACUAUUUAUUUAAAUAAAAUACUGCGUGUGAGACUUGUAUGAUUGUGAUGUGUGAUUGUUAAAUA